UAAAAGGUAAUUUCAGUUUUCCCGAAAAUCUCACUGAGUGUUACAACACGUUCGUCCUCUGGUCAUCGUUUUCCCUGUGAGACAAAAACAGCAUACUGAUAGCAGAAAAAUGGAAAUACUCAAGGAAACUGCAAGUGCUUCAAAAAUAGGCAGAGUCAUGGGGAAGACAGGUGGAAGAGACGACUUUGAAUGGGUCUACAAUGAUCAGCCGCACACCUCGAGAAGAAAAGAAAUCCUGGCCAAAUAUCCAGAGAUCAAGUCUCUGAUGGGCCCGGACCCCCAGCUGAAAUGGGUGGUAUCCGGCAUGGUCCUAACCCAGCUCCUGGCCUGCUACCUGGUCCACGACCUCUCCUGGAAGUGGAUCUUCUUCUGGGCCUACGCCUUCGGGGGAUGCAUCAACCACUCCCUGACCCUGGCUAUCCAUGACAUCUCUCACAACGUUGCCUUUGGAAACAAGCUGGCCAAGUGGAACCGCUGGUUUGCCAUGUGGGCAAACCUGCCCAUCGGGUUGCCCUACUCUGCCUCCUUUAAGAAGUAUCACGUUGACCACCAUCGGUACCUGGGUGGCGACCAACUUGAUGUUGACAUCCCUACUGACAUUGAGGGAUGGUUCUUCUGUACUCCUGCCAGGAAGGUCGUCUGGCUCUUCCUCCAGCCCUUCUUCUACGCCCUUCGCCCUCUGGUGGUGAACCCUAAGCCGGUGGGUCAGCUGGAGAUCCAGAACGCAGUUGUUCAGCUCACAGUAGACUUAAUUAUCUACUAUCUCUGGGGACUGAAGCCCAUUGUUUACCUAAUUGCAGGUUCUAUCCUGUGUAUGGGACUGCAUCCUAUCUCUGGACAUUUUAUAGCCGAGCAUUACAUGUUCCUGAAGGGACACGAGACAUAUUCUUACUACGGACCUCUGAACUUAAUCACCUUCAAUGUCGGGUAUCACAUGGAGCACCACGACUUCCCGAGCAUACCUGGCAGUAAACUACCUCAGGUCAAGCAAAUCGCAGCAGAAUAUUACGACUCCCUGCCCCAGCACACUUCCUGGACCCGGGUCUUAUGGGACUUUGUGUUUGACGACAGCAUCGGCCCCUACGCCAGAAUCAAACGGACGUACAAGAUAAGCAAGAAGGAGUAGAUCUGUGACUGAUUGCGUUUCCAUUAUAACAAGAAUGUUUGUUUCAGUUGUUAAAAAUCUACAGACAUCUAUGAAGUCUCAUCUAUUUGAUAGUUAAUGUGCUGUUUUUUUGUUUGUGGUUGUCACUGUAAGGUCACAUUUCUACCAUCUCAAGUCAGUCAGGAAAGAGAACUCAGAAACAGUGAUGACCCAUAUAUCCAGAAGGCAAAAUUAUGAUUAAAAGAUAAUAUCUCCUUCCCUGCAGUCAGAGACAACAAAUGAUAGUAUUCAACAGAUAAAAACUCCUUAUUAUAGGAUUAUGGUCGCAUACAUUUUCAUGAAGUCACUGGUUCUGUGGUCUCCUUUUCCUGCCUACAAGCAUCACCUCAGGCUUAUUAAGAGUUUGAGAAUGGGACGAUCGGCGCUCACAAAGACUCUCCAGUUAAUUACAAUUUCACAGCUAUCAUUCAGAACAGUGCUGAGGUGGAAUAUGAGCAUUGAAACUUACCUUUCAGUAAGAAGAGCUUUUUUUCUCGCAUGACGUCACAUUCUGCUUGUUCACAGGGCCAUUUGUGCCAUGAGCUGUUUGAUUACAUCUACAGGGAGUGGACAAAACAACAGAAACACCUUACAAUGCAAAAAAAGUUGUUCUUUAGAAAAUUCCAUUAAGUCUUACUAAGUCUUUUUUUUUUUUUUCUUUUUUUUUUUUUACCUAACUAAAAGGUUGUUUCAUCUUCCUCAACCAACACUCCAUUAUGUCUCUUAGCUGCUUUUCCACCACAAGUAUCUGAAACUAUUAGUCUCUGGAACAUUCAGUCCCAGGAGCUUAUUUUCAAGGUUCCUCCAGCAAUGUUGUUGUCUGCAUUUUCUCCAAAGUCUUAAGACCCACAAAGGUGAGGCAAAUUAGAAGAUGAGGCAAAUUAGUCUGCUGACGUCUGAAAAAGUGGCCAUAAGUGCCUUUUUUUCUGCAACUCUUUGGAUUUGUUAAAGCACAGUGAAGAAAUUAUUUAACAACAAACUACUUUUUAAGAAAUGGUGGCUGAAAUUAACUUCUGUGAGAACUUUACCAAAUGUACAACACCAGAAACCCCACCUCCAAAGUCCCUGUCAAAGUCAAUUUAGACUCUGGCCUCUUGGAGGGGAGGAAUAUUGUAACUACCUCCAAAGGUUGGAAAUGCGGCUUUUCAGUUAAUGUUUUGUGAGAGUGGUUCUCCUUGCUCACACAAUUUUCCCUUUAUUUGGCCUUUGUCAUCAUGAGUUUAUCAUUUCUGUGCAUUACUGAUGCACCACCAAUUCAAGCAGCCACUCUAAAUCACCUGCGUCCCACUUUUGGAAGGACAAAUGCGAGAAAAAUUGGGGAAUGUUGGGAGUGUCCAUGGCAAGCCAAGAAAAUGUGAACAGAUGGGCCAAAUAUUCACAGCCUCACAUGCUGUUGCAUCAAAAACCAAAAAUCCAAAGUGAGAGGUAUUGAGGUGAGGAAAAGGAAAUCAUGUUGAUGUUGGCCAAACAGAAGAAAACGGCUUUAGCAAAGAGUCCCCAGUCUUUUGACACCACAAAACACAGGACAACCCCUGUGAAUAAAACCCUCUGAAGCUUUACGAAUUUGGAAUUUACAGCAGAGCUAUUGUUUUGUACUGUGUUUUUGUUAUUCUGUCCACCCACUUGACCAUAUCUUUUUGUUGUGAUUGAUCACCUUGAUCUGUUAUUAUAUUUAAAUGACUGCACUAUAUAUAAAAUUAGUAAAAAAGAUCUUUAUAUAAGAAGAAA